GAAACCUUCCCACUAGAAGAUAGCGAAGAAGAAAGAAGAAGACGAUAACACACAGUCUUCCCUUCCCAAAACAAAACAUCAAACCUUUCGAUUGCUUGAUAUAGAAAGGUUUGAACCUUUUCUUCUUAAAUGGAACAAGAGAGCCGAAUCGGAGACGAGCUCUCGAGCUCCCUCCUCACGGCGGAGCGCCUCCGCUCCUCCGUCGAGGAAGCCAAAUCCUUCAAAACAGAGUGCGGCGAGGUCGGCAAACAAGCCGAUCGCCUCGCUCAGAUGCUAAGGACCCUCGUCCGCCUCGUCGCCGCCUCUCAGCAGCAGGUUUACGACCGCCCGAUCCGGCGAGUCGUCGCCGACGUUCGGAAGAAUCUCGACCGAGCGCUGUCCCUCGUCCGCAAGUGCAGGAGGGACAACGUGCUCCGGCGAGUGUGCACCAUCAUCAACGCCGCGGAUUUUCGCAGAGUGGUGAGCUUUCUCGAGUCCUCCAACGGCGACGUGAAGUGGCUGCUGAGCGUGUUUGACGGCGACGGAGGAGGAGAGAUCGUUAUCUCGCUUCCUCCCAUCGCUACCAACGAUCCCAUCCUCCCUUGGGUUUGGUCUCUUGUCGCUUCCGUGCAGAUGGGGAAGGUGGUGGAUAAGAUCGAAGCCGCCAACCAGCUUGGCUCUCUCGCCGGAGACAACGACAGGAACAAGAAGAUUAUUGUUGACGAAGGUGGUGUGCCUCCGUUGCUGAAGCUGCUCAAGGACGGGUCGUCACCAGAGGGGCAAGUCUCUGCUGCUUCGGUGUUGAAAACGUUGUCUUGCGACGAGGAUAAGGUUAGGUGUAUAGUUAAUGAUGUUGGUGUUCCGGUCAUCGUCCAAGUUCUUAGCGAUUCUCCGGUUCGGGUUCAGAUUAUAGUAGCUACAUUGGUGGCGAGGAUGGCUGAACACGAUCCGAUAGCUCAAGAGGAGUUCGCUAGACAGAGUGUGAUUAAGCCGUUGGUGACUUUGCUUUCGCUAGACGUCUUUGUGGACGAUCUUGAACCGAGUAGUAAGCAGCAUAGUAGCAUCCACUCUCUUGUCCAGAUGAAUAAAGAUCCGGUUUCGAAAGCUUACAGGAGUUCUAAGUCUAAUGUGUAUAGCGAGUUCGGUGGAAGUGGGAGUGGGAGUAGAAUUUUGAAGAAAGAGAGGGAUAACGAGAGCCCUGAGGUGAAACAUGAGCUUAAGGUUAACUGCGCGGAGGCUCUGUGGAUGCUUGCGAGAGGGAACGUAGCGAAUAGCAGGAGGAUAACGGAGACGAAAGGGUUGCUUUCUUUGGCUAAGAUUGUGGAGAAAGAAGAUGGAGAGUUGCGGUAUAACUGUUUGAUGACUCUUAUGGAGAUAACCUCUGCUGCUGAGUCCAACGCCGACCUUAGACGAGCAACUUUCAAGACUAACUCACCUGCUGCUAAGGCCGUUAUCGACCAGAUGUUAUGGAUAAUCAAGGAAAUCGAUAGCCCGGGGCUUAAAAUCCCGGCGAUUCAGUCUAUAGGGUCGUUGGCCAGGACGUUCCCGGCGAGGGAGACGAGGAUGAUCCAGCCCUUGGUGGAGAAGCUAGGUAGCAGCAAUCAAGAAGUGGCGGUGACUGCUGUGAUUUCGUUGCAGAAGUUUGUGUGUCCUGAGAACUUCCUAUGCGUAGAGCAUUCAAAGAACAUAAUAGAGUUCGGUGCGGUCCCGUUGCUGAUGAAGCUGAUAAGGAACUUCGAGCAGCAAGUGCAGCUGCAGUGCCUUGUUCUGCUGUGUUACCUUUCGAUGAAUGCUAGUAACCAUGAGCAGCUGGAACAGGCUAAGGUUUUGACGGUGCUUGAAGGUGCGGAACGGUUGGCGAGUCUGCAGAAUCCGGAGUUGAGGGAGCUUGUGUCGAAGGCUAUAUACCAGCUAAGUUUAUACAAUGCAGGAAGUCAUAGUCAGAUGCUAUCUUACGCUGGUCCUUGAAAUCAAACAUGGUUUACAGUUGGUUUUGGAUUCUGUGGUACAGACAGAUACUACUACAUUGUUAGAUGAUUACAGGGAAAGAGCAAAAGUGAAAUCUCUGGUUUUGUGAUCAA